AUGUACCAGGCUGCGUAUCGAAAAGUCCAAGAUUUGAUCCGUGAUAUGUCACUGAAGGUACUCUGUACUUUCACCUGUGACAACGAUGUAACUCUGCUAAUGACUCUCGCUAUUCGGCUAAGAGUAGACUAUUACGGAGGAAAUGCUGAAAUAAACAAUAUUGAUAGAGUAGACUAUUACGGAGGAAAUACUGAGGUGGACAAUUUUCAUAGAGUAGACUAUUAUGGAGGAAAUGCUGAAGUGGACAAUUUUCAUAGAGUAGACUAUUACGGAGGAAAUGCUGAAAUAAACAAUAUUCACAGAGUAGACUAUUACGGAGGAAAUACUGAGGUGGACAAUUUUCAUAGAGUAGACUAUUACGGAGGAAAUACUAAAGUAAACGCUAUUCAUAGAGUAGACUAUUACGGAAGAAAUGCUGAAGUGGACAAUUUUCAUAGAGUAGACUAUUACGGAGGAAAUGCUGAAAUAAACAAUAUUGAUAGAGUAGACUAUUACGGAGGAAAUACUGAGGUGGACAAUUUUCAUAGAGUAGACUAUUACGGAGGAAAUACUAAAGUAAACAAUAUUCAUGUAGUAGAUUAUUACGGAAGAAAUGCUGAAGUGGACAAUUUUCAUAGAGUAGAUUAUUACGGAAGAAAUACUGAGGUGGACAAUUUUCAUAGAGUAGACUAUUGCGCAGUAAAUGCUGAAAUAAACAAUAUUCAUGGAGUAGACUAUUACGGAGGAAAUACUAAAGUAAACAAUAUUCAUGUAGUAGACUAUUACGGAAUAAAUGCUUAA